AAGAGGGACUUCACGUUUCAUGGUCACAGCUGUGAUUAGGGGCCUUGCAAGAAGCACUCUUAUAUGAGAAACAUCAGGUAAAUUUAGUAGACAUUCAUAGUUUGUGGUAAAUCAUUGACAAGUAGAGUAAACAGUACCUCUGUUAUCUAUGAAUUCUUAGACGAAAGUACAAAGCCCAGAGAAACUUGAUCAAAUAAACAAAUGCAUAUUCCUGACCACUUACUUUGCAUCACGGUGAUGGAGUCUGGCAUAGAAAGAUGUACUUUCGGCCACUUUACCCCAAUCCAGGCAAACCUAAGAGAAUGUGUCUGUACCUACCAUGCCAAAAUAUUCCAGGAUUUAUUACAAUGCUAGGAAGAAGAUGGAGUCUUCCAACUCUGACUAUGAUAAAUACUUUAAGGAAAUCCAUGGGAUUCUGAUGUACGAAAGUUUUGUUAAAUAUUGGGAUGAUGUGGAUGCCUUCCAGGCAAGACCAGAUGACCUUGUCAUCUCCACCUACCCUAAAUCUGGUACAACCUGGGUUAGUGAAAUCGUAUGCAUGAUCUAUAAAGAAGGUGAUGUGGAAAAGUGCAAAGAAGCGAUUUUUGAUCGAGUCCCUUACCUGGAAUGCAGAGACGAUACUGUCACCAUGAAUGGAGUAAAAAAAUUAAACGAGAUGGCAUCUCCUAGACUAGUGAAGACCCAUCUACCACCUGAACUUCUUCCAGCCUCAUUUUGGGAAAAGAAUUGUAAGAUGAUCUACCUUUGCCGGAAUCCAAAGGAUGUGGUUGUUUCUUUUUAUUAUUUUUUUCUAAUGGCAAGAGGACACCCAAAUCCUGGAUCCUUUGAAGAGUUUGUGGAGAAAUUCAUGGAGGGACAAGUUCCCUAUGGCUCCUGGUAUAAUCAUGCAAAAUCUUGGUGGGAAAAGAGAGUGAAUCCACAUGUGUUAUUUCUUUUAUAUGAAGACAUGAAAAAGGAUAUCAGAAAAGAGGUGAUGAAAUUGUUUCAGUUCCUAGAGAGGAAGCCAUCAGAGGAGCUUGUGAACAAAAUUAUACAACAUACCUCAUUCCAGGAGAUGAAAAAUAACAAAUACACCAACUACACGAUUCUGCCCUCAGAUGUGAUGAACCAUCAGGUGUCGCCCUUCAUGAGAAAGGGGGUCAUAGGAGACUGGAAGAAUCACUUCACAGUAGCGCUGAAUGAAAAAUUCGACAAACACUAUGAGCAGCAAAUGAAGAAAUGCACCCUGACGUUUCCAACUGAGAGCUAAGCAGGGCUUUCUUUGCUCAGAGUGUAUGGAUUAAGGAUGUCUUUUUAUCAUUCUUUACUUUACAAUUUUAGAUUGGCGGGGAAGGGACAUGUGAAGGAUCAUGGGUCAGGUUCCCGUGUUUGCGGAGUUCCUAUAAAGGGGAGCCAGGUGCUUUCCUCCUUGCAAUCAUCUUUUACUAUUGUUUUAUUUUCUUUUGCUUCCUCUUCUUUUCUAUUUUUUUACAAGUGUUAUACAAAGCUAUAAUCUGUGGAAAAAUGUAACGCAGUUGAUUCAGCAUUUUAGAAAUAAUAAUUCAGCAUUUUAAAAAUAAAAGCAUUCCGAACCACG